AUGGUCACACAGAUCAGUCCGCGUUACUGGGUCAGACCAGUGAUGGUCACACAGACUAGGGACGGCCACACAUAUCAGUCCGUGUUACUGGGUCAGACCAGUGACGGUCACACAGAUCAGUCUGUGUUACUGGGUCAGACCAGUGACGGUCACACAGAUCAGUCUGUGUUACUGGAUCAGACCAGUGACGGUCACACAGAUCAGUCUGUGUUACUGGGCCAGAGCAGGGACGGCCACACAGAUCAGUCUGUGUUACUGGGUCAGACCAGUGACGGUCACACAGAUCAGUCCGUGCUACUAGGUCAGACCAGUGACGGUCACACAGAUCAGUCUGUGUUACUGGGUCAGACCAGUGACGGUCACACAGAUCAGACUGUGUUACUAGGUCAGACCAGUGAUGGUCACACAGAUCAGUCCGCGUUACUGGAUCAGACAAGUGAUGGUCACACAGAUCAGUUUGUGUUACUGGGUCAGACCAGUGAUGGUCACACAGACUAG